GCGCGAACAGUUCUUGCUUCUUGCAUUCUGCAGUCUUAUUAACCCGCUUGUCCGCAUUGCUCGUUGCUCGACAGAACUUAGGUUCACCACUGCUUUAUACGUAAUCAAAGUUGGAUUGGUACCCGUCAUCAUGUGGUGGCUAUUACCGGUAUGUGGCGGUGCGGCAGCGAAAGCUGGUGCAACGGCAAUCACGUGGAUCGGGGGUACGGAACUCCUGGGGGCUGCGAUAGUAUGCAUCAGUGGGCUGCUCUUACGCAUUGGUGGUCAAGGUUCUGCUUGGAGAAUCGAUACAACCAACAGUAAUGGACGACUCAUAUUCAUCAAAGAGACGGAUGGUCGUAUCAAUAUCUCUACUACAACCAUCAAAGAGAGAAAAAGCAUCAAUGAGCUCCUGGAAUCGUGGAAUGGUAAUGUUGGAAUCAGGCCCGGAACAAAAACUAGAAAUAAGAAGUUCCGUCUCGACCUCCAAGGUCACACGCAAGAUGAAGCCUUUGUUAACUUGCAGAUACAGAGGAACGAAGGUCGGAGCGGGUCGAGGGGCCGCCAACAGGGAGGCGGGGGCAAUUCCUCCUCGACGACGGUGGCACAGGUUUUCAUUCCUACAGAGUUGCUUGAUGAAUUGACGAGGGAGGACAUUAUUGCCGGAUUCAUGGCGAGCAUGGAAAGCAAGAAAGCCGUCGUUGUAACGCCUAACGUAUAAUAGAAAGGCGGCAAUGGUACCGUCUGGCAACAGCAUCUCAUCGACGAACCCAUACAACUCGGGAUUUUCGUGGAAAAUGAAAAAAAAAAAAAAGACAGAUUUUGUCAGGGAUCCCCUCUUGUGAAAAAUUGAAUCAGAACUUUGUCAUUUUUGUCA